GGCGGCUGGGAGGGGCGCUGCGCGGGUUCCCCGGCUCCGGCCGAGGGGCGGCCGCGGCUCGGGCGCGCGCACCGUGGGGCCGGCGUCCGGGCGCGGCCCCGGCCUGGCCUCUGUGCGCUCCAGGCGCCGCCUCCCCCCGCGCCGCGGGCGCUGCCGGGGCGGGGACUCGCCGCUGCGGAGGCCGGAGGCGCGCGGCGCGGAGCGGGCGGAGCGCGGGGCGGCGGCGGCGGCGGCGGCGGGAGAGCGGCCGGGGGACCGGGGAGCCGGGCUUGCAGCGCCGAGCGGCCGCCCGAGCCGCGGCAGGAGAUUCUCAGCCUGGCCUAUGAGAUGAUGGGACUGGGAAACGGGCGUCGGACCAUGAAGUCGCCGCCCUUUGUGCUGGCUGCCCUGGUGGCCUGUAUCAUCGUCCUGGGCUUCAACUACUGGAUUGCGAGCUCCCGGAGCGUGGAUCUCCAGACGCGGAUCAUGGAGCUGGAAGGCAGGGUCCGCAGGGCGGCCGCCGAGAGAGGCGCGGUGGAGCUGAAGAAGAACGAGUUCCAGGGGGAGCUGGAGAAGCAGCGGGAGCAGCUGGACAAAAUCCAGUCCAGCCACAACUUCCAGAUGGAGAGCGUCAACAGGUUACACCAGGAUGAAAAGGCGGUUUUGGUGAAUAAUAUCACCACGGGCGAGAGGCUCAUCAGGACCCUGCAAGACCAGCUGAAGGCCCUGCAGAGGAACUACGGCAGGCUGCAGCAGGACGUCCUCCAGUUUCAGAAGAACCAGACCAACCUGGAGCGGAAGUUCUCCUACGACCUGAGCCAGUGCAUCAAUCAGAUGAAAGAGGUGAAGGAGCAGUGUGAGGAGCAAAUAGAAGAAGUCACCAAAAAGGGGAACGAAGCUGUGGCUUCCAGAGACCUGAGUGAACACAAGGAACCAAGCCAGCAGCUCCGAGCUCCCAGUGAGCCUCAGCCCCCGGCAGAGGUGCCACAAACGAAAGGGAAUGUGCCCGGGAACGGUGAGCCCCAGACGCCAGUCCCCAGUUCUGAGGCGGCUUUGGAUUUGAGGAGAGAGGGUGAGAAAGAGGAAACCAAUGACAUUCAGGUCAUCAGCGAGGAGGCGCUUCGGAGGGACAGCCAGGCGCUGCCACAGGAGCCAGACCACGAGCAGGCUGUGGAAGCAGACAGACAUGCGGGCGGAAGAGGCACGGGAGAUGCUAGAGACCCCGGCCAAACCGCACAGGUGCCAGCCACCCUGCUGAUGAGCCAGGAAAAUCAGGAGGUGGAGGAGCCUGAGCGGGACCAGCUUGUGGUCCGGGAUGGGCAGGAGGAGGAGCAGGAUGCUGACGAGGAAGGGAGAAACGAGCAAAAAGUGGGAGGAGAUGAUGACUACAACAUGGAUGAAAAUGAGGCAGAAUCUGAAACAGACAAGCAGGCAGCCCUUGCAGGGAAUGACAGGAACGUGAACGAGAGGAAGAGAAAGAGACAGAAACAUCACUGAUGAGAGAGAAUCACUGAUUGGCUGCCUCCUGCACAUCCCCUAUCGGGGAUCAAGCCUGCAACCCCGGCAUGUGCCCUGACGAGGAAUUGAACCAUGACCUCCUGCAUAAAUGGAUGCUCUACCACUGAGUCACUGUGGCCUGGGCUUGCUGUGUUACUUUCUGCAAACUCUUACUUUGGCAUAUGAAACUGUUACAUUGUAAGUGAAAAGAGAAUUCACCAUAGUGAAAAAUGAAAUAGUCAAAAUACUGUUCCAAAGAAUUGUUUUAAAAGUUUGUUCAAGUCAUAUGAAUUGCUGAAUUUUAGAAGGAAGGGUUACUUGUUGGCUCUUACCU